AUGGCGUCGCUACUCGCUAUCCGUCAACGUCCAACGACCAUACCUGAUGGUGUUGCAGCGAUUGCUAUUGGCAAACUUAAUUCUAUGAAAGAUCCAGCAAUUAUUAUCGGUGGCAAUUGUUCGAUUCAAGCAUUUGAUUUCAAAGGUAAUGAAAUAUUAUGGACAGUAACCGGUGACAACGUCAGAUCUAUUAUUGUCAUGGAUAUAGACUUGGAUGGUUCUAAUGAGUUACUCGUGGGUUCUGACGAUUAUGAAAUAAGGGAAUUUAAAGAUGAUAUAAUUGUAAAUGAAAUAUCUGAAACUUCAUCAAUCUGUUCAUUAAUUAGUUUUUCUAUUGGAAGAUUUGCUUAUGCAUUAGACAAUGGAACUGUUGGUGUAUACGAUAAAUUUCGGCGUGUGUGGAGAGUCAAGUCAAAAAGUUCAGUGAAUUUCCUCGAAAAAUAUGAUUUAGAUGGAGAUGGAAAAGAAGAAUUAAUAACUGGAUGGUCAAAUGGAAAAGUAGAUGCACGCAACUCUAUAACUGGAGAAGUAAUUUUUAGAGAUGUAUUAUCUAAUAGCAUUGCUGGUGUAGUUGUUGGAGAUUACAUAAGAGCCGGAAAAUGUCAAAUGAUUGUAGUUUCGAUUGCUGGUGAAGUCCGAGGAUACGAUAGUACAAGUUUAAGGGUAGAAUCUGGUGUGCAAACAAAUAUUAUCCACGAUCUUUUACAAAAGAGACAAAUACUCAUGUCAGAAUUAAAUAACUACACUAAGGCCACCAAUGAAGGCCAGGGCAUUCCAGGAGACACUCGGCUCAUCACUGAAAUAUCAGUUUCGGAAGAAACCAUUGAACCAUGUGUAUUACUUACAUUGUCAACUAACAAUUCAAUGAUUUUAAAAGCAGUCACAGUGUUUGCCGAAGGUAUUUUUGAAGAUGAAACACAUGUUGUACAUCCUGAUAGAGAGUGUAUUUCGUCUGAAUUGAAGAUCACUUUAUUACCUCCGAAAGAUAUACUUCUGGACAUUCAUAUUCGAGCUUUUGUUGGAUCAAGUGUGGAUAAUGAUCAAUUUCAUGUUUUUGAACUUACCCGGCAGUUGCCAAAAUUUUCAAUGUAUUUAUUAGUUUCUUAUCCAGAAAAUGAAGAUGUUCCCAAAAGUUUUGUCAAAUUUCGUUUAGUUGAAAGGGUUCAAAGACUGGAUUUAUGGCUAAGUCAAAAUUUUAUUGUGCCCCAAAAAACUCCUGUUAAAACCAACGGUCAAGACUUUUGGAAAAUAGCAAUAAAGUCGUUAAGAGAUUCUUCUCUUACUUGUGUGACUUUUGAAAAAGAAGUGAUGUUGAUAUAUUCAAGGAACAUAAACUUUACAGCCGAUAUUGUACAGACGCUAGCAUCAUAUCUUAACCUUGAUCAAAUUGAUUCUCUAGCAGAAUUCCCCAAAGUUCUUGAUGAUUUAUGGGAAAGUAUACAAAGUGUUAAGACUCUCCAGCAGAACGCAGUUAAAUUAAAUGCUUCGAUAGCCGAUAGUUCAGUUUUGUUGAAAAAUCUCAUUGUUCAAGCAGAAGACUUUCGGCUUUUAGAUGACACGUCCAAUAUGGAAAAAUGUUUGAACGAUAUAUUUCAUAUCGAUAAACAAAUGAUUCAAAAUCAUCAAGUUACGUGUGAAAACCAUGAACAAUUGUUAGUUACACUGAAGAAAAUAAAUAAUAUUAUACAGAAUGCUUCUCGACUUAGAGUAAACAAUAACAGAACAGAUACAAUAACUUCUUAUCGACAAGCUGUGGCUUCAGAAAAUAUGACAAUUUUAAAAAAACUAAUAGAAACUGGAAAUAAAUAA